AUGGCUAGCAACCAACACAACACUCCUUACAUCUUCCCACAGACAAAAUCCACUGUCCUCCCUGACCCCUCCAACUUCUUCUCCUCAAACCUUGUCUCAUCUCCACUUCCCACAAACUCUUUCUUCCAAAACUUUGUCCUCAAAAAUGGUGACCAACCUGAAUACAUUCACCCCUACCUCAUCAAAUCCUCCAACUCUUCACUCUCUCUAUCAUACCCUUCUCGCACUUCCACUGCUACUAACAUAUACCAAGUCUUCAACCCUGAUCUCACCAUCUCCUCUAAGCAAAGUUCAUCUGGAAAACACACAAUCUCUUCCUUCAGUGAUCUCAGUGUCACUUUAGAAAUCCCUUCUUCAAACCUGACCUUUUUCCUCGUUAGGGGAAGCCCUUAUUUGACAGUCUCAGUAACUCAACCAACCCCUCUUUCCAUCACCACCAUCCAUUCCAUUGUCUCCUUGGAUUCCACAGAAUCAACUUCCUUUCACAAGUUCACCAUUAAGUUUAACAAUGCCCAAACAUGGCUCCUCUAUGCUUCCUCGCCAAUCAAGUUAACUCACACCACUUCUGAGAUCACUUCUGAGGCCUUCUCUGGCACAAUCCGCAUAGCCCUUCUCCCUAACUCUGAUCCACAAAGCGAGGCCAUUCUUGACCUGUGCAGUUUCACUUACCCUGUGUCAGGAAAUGCUGUGAUUAAAGAACCCUUUUGUGUGGAAUAUGAAUGGGAAACAAAAGGGUCUGGUGCAUUGCUACUACUAGCACAUCCUCUCCAUCUUCAGCUUCUCUCUUCUACAGACACUGAUGUUGCUGUUCUUGAUGACUUUAAGUACACAAGCAUAGAUGGGGAUCUUGUUGGUGUUUUGGGCAAGUCAUGGAUUCUGAAAACUGAUCCAGUUUCAGUGACAUGGCAUUCUUCAAGGGGUAUCAAAGAAGAAAACAAACAGGAAAUUGUUUCUGCGCUUGUGAAUGAUGUUGAGGCCCUAAAAAUGGAGACCACUGAAUCUUACUAUUAUGGAAAAUACAUUGCUAGGGCUGCAAGGCUGGCUCUGAUAGCCGAAGAGGUUUUCUUCUAUGAUGUGAUUCCAAAAGUUAGCAAGUUUCUGAAGGACACGGUUGAGUUAUGGUUGGAUGGAACUUUUAAGGUGAAUGGAUUCUUGCAUGAUAACAAAUGGGGUGGCAUUGUUACGUAUAAAGGAUCUGAUGAUGUUUCUGCAGAUUUUGGAUUUGGGAUUUACAAUGAUCACCAGUACCAUCUGGGGUACUUUCUUUAUGCCAUUGCAGUGCUUGCAAAGAUCGAUCCAGCAUGGGGGAGAAAGUACAAGAACAAAGCCUAUUCACUCAUGCAAGAUAUUAUGAACUUGGACACACAAUCAAACUCCAAUUACCCAAAACUGAGGUGCUUUGACCUUUACAAGUUGCACUCUUGGGCUGCAGGGUUAACAGAGUUUGCUGAUGGUAGGAAUCAUGAGAGUACCAGUCAAGCAGUGAAUGCAUACUAUUCUGCAGCAUUGAUGGGUAUGGCAUAUGGCGAUGUUCAGCUUGUUGCCCUAGGAUCAACCUUAACAGCACUGGAAAUCCUUGCAGCUCAAACAUGGUUUCAAGUGUCAGCGAAUGGGAGCAUGUACGAGGAUGUUUUUACAGAGGAGAACAGGAUGAUGGGCAUUCUGUGGGCCAAUAAAAGAGACACCGACCUAUGGUUCGCUUCUCACAAGUUGAGAGAGUAUAGGCUUGGCAUUCACCUCUUGCCCAUAGUUCCAAUCUCUGACCCACUUUUCUCAGAUGUUAACUAUGUCAUUGAACUUGUAAACUGGGCUUCCAUUGAUUUGAAUAGGGAAGGUGUUGAAGAUGCAUGGAAAGGCUUUGUUUAUGCACUUCAAGCGCUUUAUGAUAAAGAAGAGGCUUUGAAGAACGUGAAAGGGUUAAAGUCUUUUGAUAAUGGAAACUCUUUGACUAAUCUCUUGUGGUGGAUUCAUACCAGAGGUGACAAAGAGGAUGAUGAUAAUCAACAAGACAAAUUUGGCUGUUAGA